GCGCGGCCCUGAGGAGCCCAGGCGGCUGCGGAGCGGCGACGCGGCACCAUGGGCAGGCUGCUGAGGGCCCCGGGGCAGACUCCGCUGCUGCCGCUGCCGCUGCCACUUCCACUGCUGCCGCUGCCGCUGCUGCUGCUGCUGGCCGGAGGAACAUCCCUGGUUACGUGUGCAGCCGGGUCCGAGGAGCCUGGCCCAGAGGGCCUCACCUCCACCUCCCUGCUGGACCUCCUGCUGCCCACUGGCCUGGAGCCGCUGGACUCGGAGGAGCCCAGCGAGGCCAUGGGACUGGGGACUGGCCUGGGAGCCCCUGGCUCUGGCUUUGCCAGCGAAGAGAGCGAAGAGUCCCGCAUCCUGCAGCCGCCGCAGUACUUCUGGGAGGAGGAGGAGGUGCUGAACGACUCUAGUCUGGACCUGGGACCCACUGCAGAUUACGGUUUUCCAGACCUGACUGAGAAGGCUGGUCCCGUAGAGGAUACGGGCCAGAGUCAGGAGGGGGCGAGCCUCCCGUCUCCCCUGCCCAAGAUGAGCGUGGUGGAGCCACCCUGGCGUGUGGUCCCUGCAGAGGAGGAAGAGGCGGAGCAGCUGCUGCCUGUGACCAGAUCCCAAGAAGAACCCCGAAGUCAGGUCCACGGCUUUCCUCCCACCGGCAGCAGCCAGACCCCAGGGGCCCCCGAACACCGGCACGAAGAGUCUGGGGACCAGGCCUCCUCGGGUGUGGAGGUGGGGAGCAGCAUGGAGCCAAGCCUUUCCCCGCCCACAGUCGCCCCAAGUCCAGUGACCCUGGGGGGUCAGGAUGUGGCCGACUGGGGGGCAGGGGGCACGGCGUUGCCAGCCGCAGGGCACGGGCUAGAGUUGGAGGCCCCUCGGGAGCCCAGUGAGGAGGCCACUGCGGAAACAGCUGGCUUGGCUGGCCGGCCGGGGGAGGGACCGUCCCCGGCCUCGUUCUCUCAGACAGAAGCUCCCGGCGGGGCUGAGGCCUCAGACGAAGACCCCACGCACCCUGGAGCCUCAGCCUCUUUCUCACUGGCUCCUGGAGACACGGAGCUGACACCUUCCUCUGCUGCCGUGGGACGAGAAACCCUAAGCCAGCUGCCCCAGGAAGGGCAGACCGCCGACACUCCGUCUAGAACACCCUGGGACUCCACGCAGGUGAUCUGCGAAGACUGGAGCAACCUAGCCGGAAAGAACUACAUCAUCCUGAACAUGGCGGAGAACGUGGACUGUGAGGUGUUCCGGCGGCACCGGGGGCUGCAGCUCCUGGCCCUGGUGGAGGCGGCGCUGCCCCGCCACGGCCGCAGCCGCCACGGGGACUGGCGCAUCUCCCUGAGCAAGCCCAGCGAGAGGGAGCGGCACCUGCUCAUGACCUUGGUGGGCGAGCAGGGGGUGGUGCCCACUCAAGACGUCCUCUCCAUGCUGGGCGACAUCCGCGGGAGCCUGGUGGAGAUUGGCAUCCAGAACUACUCCACCACCGGCAGCUGCCAGGCGCGGGCCAGCCAGGUACGCAGCGACUACGGGACGCUCUUUGUGGUGCUGGUGGCCAUCGGCGCCAUCUGCGUCAUCAUCAUCGUGCUCGGCCUGCUCUAUAACUGCUGGCAGCGCCGGCUGCCCAAGCUGAAACACGUGUCGCACGGCGAGGAGCUGCGCUUCGUGGAGAACGGCUGCCACGACAACCCCACGCUGGACGUGGCCAGCGACAGCCAGUCGGAGAUGCAGGAGAAGCAGCCCAGCCUGAACGGCGGCGGCGCCGUCAACGGCCCGGGGGGCUGGAGCGCGCUCAUGGGGGGCAAGCGCGACCCCGAGGACUCGGACGUAUUCGAGGAGGACACGCACCUGUGAGGGGCUGUGCCCCGCCCGGCCCUCGGCACGGGGUCCCCGCUUUCCCCCGACUCACGACGCACCUCGGCCCCAUCCCCGUCCCCACCCGACGCCCCGAGGGGCUGCCCCGGGACCCCAUUAAAGCCGCCCGGAGAGCACGCCGGGCCCCGCGCCUCCG